AGUCCUCCGAGGACAUCCCGCGGGGGUCAGGGAACGGAGGACGGAGACGGCAGGGAAUAUCACACACCGGCAAGAUGGACCACCCGUACCUGAACGUCACCGACCCGGUCUUCACGCGUCGGCUACACCACGUCACGUACGGCGUCAUCGCGCCACUGCUCGUGACCGCCGGCAUCGUCGGUAACGUCGUCUGCCUGCCGUGCCUGGCGGCGCCGCGCCGCUGGGGCGUCACGCGCUUCUUCCUGGUGGUGCUCUCUUCGGUCGACACGGCCAUCAUGCUGUGCCUGAUCCCGACGCUGGUGCGGCUGGCCGCGCCGUCGGCGCUGCUCAGCUCACACGCACUGGCCGUGUACGCGGCGCACGUGGAGCAGUGGCUGCUGGCCGUCACCACCUGCGCGUCGAUCGGCACCGUGGUGGCGCUCACCGUCGACCGCUUCGUCUCCGUCUGCCGGCAAAUGGAGUUCAAGCUCGUGCACCGGCGCGAGGUGGCGCUCCGCCGCGUCGUCGUCGUCUUCUGCGUGGCGACGGCCGCGGCGGUGCCGUGGUUC